UGGCUACAAUUACGCAGAAAAACAUCAGGCUUACACUGUUGCUAUCGCUGCGUUCAGUGGCUCCCGCAUCAUCGCGUGUAAGAGGGGACCGAGGCGUGGCCGAGAGCUGGUAACCAAGGGGAUGUCGGCCGGGGAGAAGAAUCAGCCCCUGGGAAGGGAGCGUCACAGUUCGACGUAACUGCACCUGCCUUCCCCCUCCAUGAGCCACGUUUCUCUCCCUCCCGGCUACACAGUCCCCUGGCUACUGGGGCUACGUCCAAACGGCCUCCCCGGCCCAGCACCCGCGCUCUGCUUCUUCUCUGGAGGCUGCAGCCGGAGGAAUUGCCACAGCGCCAAGUGCCCAGCCAGCUGCUUCUGAGCAAGCCCCGUUCGGAGAUGGGGAAACUGAGGCACAGAGGCGGACAUGCUGCAUCCGAGGUGCACAGAGGGUGCGUGGCAGAACAAGGAUUCGAACCCAGGACUCCUGAGUCCCAGCCAUUAAUCAUUAGGCACCGUUCCCUGCUGCCCGCAACAGCCCUGAAGGCUUGCCUCAUCCAUUGGCUACACCUUCCCAUUUUGUUCAUAGGAAAAGUGCAGUCGGCACCAGACGUGGUAGCUCAUUUCAGGGGGGACGUCACCCUGAGAUGCCUCUUCCUGUCCCAGCCCGGCAUGAACCUCCAGCGUCUGACCGUCACCUGGCAGAAGGAGCAGGUGGGGGCAGAGGCCUUGGUGGUUCACAGUUAUUAUUACGGGAGGGAGCAGCUGGAGAAACAGGACAAGGCUUAUAGGAACCGGACCCGGCUGGAACCAGAGGAGCUGGCCCGGGGGAAUGCGUCCCUGACACUGAGGGACAUCCACAUGCAGGACGAGGGUGUCUAUCAGUGCCACGUCACCACGGAGCUGGGCACGACGUCUGAACUCUGGGGGCUGAGAGUGGGAGCCCUGUUCAGCGAGCCCCAGCUGACCUUCAGCCUCUCCAGCGCUGGGGUCACGCUGACCGUCCACACGUGGGGCGGGUACCCCGCGGCCACAGUGCGGUGGCUGGACGAGGCGGGCAGGGACGUCACAGCAGAGGGCGCCACGGAGCAGCAGGUGGAUGAACAGGGGCUCUGCCACGUCACCAGCUGGGUCACGGUGCCACCUGUGACCCACAGCGCCAGGCUGACCUUCGUGUUAACCCCUCGUGUGCUGGGGGCACCAAUCACCCGGGCACUGAGCCUGCAGCUGAGCCCAGGACUCCUGGGUCCCCCAGCCUCCUGCCUUGGGGUCCGCCUGGCUGUCAUCUGUGCCACCUGCCUCUUCAUCGUCCUGCUGGCCGUUGCAUUUCUCUACCAUCUCCACCAGGGCCCGGCUGGAUCCCACUCCUGGAGGAAGGCUGAGGAGGAGGAGGAGCGGAUCUCUUGUCCUAUCUCAGCCAGCCCCAGCUCAGAACAAGCCUGCCCCACUGGCCAUGAGCAGCCAGCCGGGGCCGAGCCCUAGGGAUCGGCUAGGGCAGAGCUGGAGCCACCAGGAGCAAGAUCUAGCACCUCCCGGGCUCUGUCAUCUCCCGGCAACCAAGCCCCAGAGGACCUAGGACAACCCCUGCUGCCCCGGCUCCACCAUCUGGCCAUGCCCCUCCGCCUGGUGCCCUUGACCUUGGCCAAGAGCUGAGAGACCCGCCUCAUCCUCUAGAAGCAUCACUGAGGGGUCUCCGGCCUUCACCCCCCACACUGAGAAUCAGGCUCCAUCCGCGGCCUCGGUUUUCCAUCCAGAACCCCCGACAUGACGUGCCCUCCCCUGCCCCCGGCAACACCCCUCCUGGGAAUGGAGAGGCAGCUGCAGCCCCUGCCCCAGGCAUGAGAUGGGUGAAUGAGCCCAGCUGGGCUGCAGCAGAGCCACUGGACCAGCUGGCCCGCGGAGUGGCAGACUGGGGCCAGGGGUCUGCAUGUCAGCCCAGUGGCAGGUCCUUGGCUGCCCAACGCUUGUGCCCGCAGCUGUGAUCACUCCUCUGCCUGCCUUGGUCCUGCCCUGCUCCAGCCCGGCUUCUGACCCCUGGCUCCGGUUAUUGGCUUGGCUCUGGCUUUUAAUCUUGGCGGAUUCCUAGUUGCAGCUUUGGCCUGUGGCUCUGGCUUAGACCUGGCUCUAACCACUAGAUCGGAUGGCCCAGACUAACCACAGCCUGGCACUGGUGCAAUCUCUUCUCUAGCUGUCCCUCUUUAGCCCCCUCCCCCGCACAUACUGCCCCUUCUUCAUCAGCCAUCCUAUUCCCUGCUGCAUUCUCCUCCUGGGACCGGAUCAGCCCGCUGUCCUCUUGUCUUGCAUCGUGUACAGGUUCCUAUACCACCCUCAUCACUGCACAGCUGAGUGCCUGCCAGGUCGGGCACUACCCACCGCGAUUAUGCAUCCGCCACGUGCUGUUUGUUCUCUCAGCCUCUCCCCGGAUGGAGAAGUCAGUGCACAGGAGGCUCUUGUUUUGGUAGGGUUCCCUUUUCGGUUACUAGAAAUAGACCCUGUUGCUGUAUGUUUAUGUUGGAGAAGGCAGGCCCAAGAGUCUUUGGAGCAGUCAGCAGUCAGGUUUCUAAUGAGCCUUGGUUCCUGUGGCAGGUAGUUCCGCAGUCUCGGACCACACUUGAAGAAGGCUCUUGCUCCUGAACAGACCAGCUUUACUCCUAUGGUUGAGAAUUUCACAGGCCAGAGCUGUCGACCACAGUCUGUUCCCCCGAGCUUUACAUGGGCCAUGGGAUAGGCUGGGCCUAGGCCAUGAAGCGCUGUGAAGAUAACGACCGGUCACUAUCCGGCAGGAAGCCAGCGUAGAGAGCGGAGCAGAGGUGGGAUGUGCUCGCGACGGCUUGCACAGCUGAGGAGAUGUGCUGCAGCAUUUGGCCCUUGUCAGAGUCCCUGCGUGCCGGAGGCUUCCUGCCCGGCCCCAUCGCGUUGCUGUCGUCUAGCCAAAGGCGCGAAGCACAGGUCAUCCCCCGCCAGGACGGAUGGAGUCUCCUAGCCAGCCAGAGAUGACAGAAAGCGCCGUGCGCAGCCCUUGGGAUGUGAGAGUCCAGCAUCAGCGAGGAAUCCCGGGGCACUUCUGGACUAUGGGCCGGACUGGCCGGUGGGGGACGUGAACUUGAAUCAAAGGCAGCUGCUCCGGGGCUGCGAACAUCCCCGAGUGCUCUCCUCUGCCCGCCUUGCUUGGGGUUCAGCGCCAGCCAGCUGCUCCCUUCCCAGAGCUGAUCUCGCCUGUCGAGGGGCAAUGGCGGGGGGUGGGGCGUCUGUGGGCAAGGACAAGUCGAGCUGGGGGGGUCACCCGCUGAUUGCUGGCGCUUGAGUCUGUGGUGUCUGACCAGUUCCCCCAGCAGCUGCAUGGUGUCGGAACGGGCCAGAGAGAAAACUGACCCUCGGGGAGCCGCUCUAGCCAGGGGUCGGGGGCGGAGGAGCCGUUCCCCAUCACUACUUGCUGGGCAUGUCCGUUGAGCAAUGGUGCAAGUCGAAAUAAUUUCUUGCCGGUACGCUGCACUCGUGGGAGUGACUCAAAGGGGCGGGGGCACUUGACCCCCCCCCACGUGACUCCUCCCUGCCCCGCCCCCAGCCUGGGGCCCUGGUGCCCUCCCUGUCCCUUCCCCAGGAUCCACAUCCAUCCCAUGUUACCUGCGGGCAGAGGGGGCUCUCUUCUCCUCCCGCUGCACCAGAGACUAAGGAGACCCAGCUGUGUGGAAGGGCUGCUGGAGUGAGGCUGCCCUGCUCCUUUCACUGCUGCGGUUCCCGGGAGAGCCUUGAACUGCAGGGCUCUCCGGGGAACCGCAGCAGCGAAAGGAGCAGAAGGUGGGGCCGCUGGGCUGUACCACCCCCAGCCCAGCUCAGCCCUGUCCUCCAGUGGGGCUUCUGUACAGACCCCAGGCAGGACUCAGGAGACACAGCUGAGUGGAAGGGCUGGGGAUGGGCUCCUCCUGUGUCUUUGCAGCUAUAAAUAUCACAGUGGCACAGCAGACCGGACCAGAGCACCCUACUUGCCCCGCUGCCAUUGAGGAAGGAAUCCAACCAUGGGCUCCUGGCACCUCUCUCAGCGGCGUCCUACACUCGACAGGGUCAAAUGCUGCAGAGAAUGCCAGGGGGUGGGGAUGGAUAUCUGCCCCCUCUCCUCACCAGGAGGGGGCCAUCCAUCGGUGCCAUGAAACAAUUUCAGCUCCGUGUCCUGGCCUGAAUCCUGCUUGGGCCGAGUCCCGCACGUUGGCUUGAGUCAGAUGAGCCUGUGGGUGGCUUUGGAACAAAGCUCAGGAGCAACGGGUCUGAGACGGGGCAACAGUUGGCUACAACCUAGGGCUGCAGGGCGGGUUUCUGCAGUGCUCUCCUGUGUGGGGAUGUGGAAGGGACGGUCCCUUCUCUCUGUGGCUGUUUCAGCCAGGAGUGGCACCAGGGGUUCACGACUCUCUCACAAGCCAGGAAGAGUCUGGGCCGGGUUCCCAAGUCCUGGACCAGGACUGUUUUGGGGAGUCCUUCGUGUCUGGCCCAGUGACUGUCCCGAAAGCUCAGCACUGUUGGCCUGUAGCCAGCUUUGGAAUCUGUUGGAGUGCGUGAGUCUCCGUGGUUGAAUUAGGCUCAUUGAUCUUUUUUGCUUCUGGGUGACCUCGAGCAAGUCAUCCCUGCCUGUGCCUCAGUUUCCCAUCUAUAAAAUGGGGAUAACACUACUGCUAUUCUUUAUAACAUGCCAUGAGAGCUGCUGCUGUUUCAAGUGAUUUGUUAUUUAUUUGUAUUGUUAAAGUGUUUGUUAUUUAUUAUUUGUAUUGUUAAAUCUGUCCAUCUUUGGCCUUAAAAUCCACGUACAUGUGUCAUGCAGGGACUUAAGGAGAUUGAGCUUUUUAGCUCAGCGAAGAGGCGGCUUGAUUCUGUUCUAUCAACAUGACCCUGGGAAGGAGAUUUCUGAGAGCGGAAACCCGCUGGUCUGAUCUAGAGCAUGGUUGGGGCAGCUGUGCCAGGAUACCAGGCUGGCUGGGCCCAUGCGUCUGAUGCAGGGCGGCAGGGAGGGGUUUGGGGGUGGAAUAAAAAUACCCCAGAAUUCCCCGUACUACAGAGAGGGCUCAGCUCCACAACCGCCUCCACAGCUGAGGGGGGCGCAGAAGAGAGUAGGGCCGGAGCGGCUGCUGUGGUGCCCUGGAUCGGGCCGAGGUGCCAUUAGGCACCAGAGUGAUCAAGCGGGAAGAACUUUCCUGUCCCAUCCCCUCUGCCCUGGACUCACCCCCAUCCCCCUCCUGCCCCUGACACCCCAACUUCCUCCGGCCUCUCCCCACUCCCCAUGGGAUGCACAGUGCGAUACAAUCUCCUGGCCCAUACAGGAAAAAACAACCACCCCCACAACACACAAACAGUGAAGUGGAACCCCCAGAAAAAAAACAAACAGUCGAAAUCCCAACUGAUUUCUCACCUUCUCUGGGGCUGUGAAAACCGCCCGGAGUUUAUGAGCAGCUUAUGGCCGGCUGUUCUCAUGAGCCCCAGUUGUCUCCAUUUCCUCCCACAAUAAAACAGCUUGUGCAGAAAUAUUUGACCCGCCAGACCAACAGUCUGCCCCAGCUGUACAAAAAGGGCCUGGGAGUAGGGUGGAUGCUGUAAUCCUGAGUGCAGGUUAAGGCAUUUGCCAGUGCCACAAUGGGCUACAGAACACAUACAUGAUGGGCCAGUGUCGAUGAAUAUAUAUUUAUAUGCUAGCCAGCCUGUAUCAUGUUAAUAGCGUGCCUUAGCUGCACCCUUUCUGUACAUUAGUAUACAUUAAGUACCACUAGCAUGAAGCCCAAAUACCGUAACCAUGCUGUAGGCUAAGCUGGCCUGGACCAGAACCCUGUUCCCUUAUGCCAAGUACCCCAGAACUCCUUGCGUUUACUGAAAUAGGGAUUUGGCAGAAGCCAAUAGGAAAUGCGUCAAAAGCAAGAUACCGUUGUUCCACACCUUAGUACAGGCUGGGCAGGAGCGUCACGGAGCAGGCCCUGGAAGGCUGGUCCCAACCCGGAGAUAAGGGAGGAACAGAACAGGUUAGGGAACUGGGACAAACCGAGGGGUCGGUUCCAGUGACGUGGGAAGAAAUUUACAACUUGUAAAAUCGUAUCACCGAGACCAGGGGAGCAAAUCAUCUCCAUCGGGCGACUGUAACGAGAUUGCACAGGACGGCUCUUCGGCGACUGGCAUCAUUUGGAACCUCUUCCCUGUAGCAUAUUAAUAAACCUGACUGAUACUGGUUA